CCCUUCUGGCAAUUUGCUUCUGAAAAGCCCUUCGUCUUCCAAUCUCCCGCCAGUACUCCUCCUGCCUCGCCUGGGAUUUCAUUCGUCGCUUGCCCAGCUUCUCUCGGCUUUUGAAAGAUUAUUUCGCCAAGGGCACAUAUAAAAAAGAAAAGAAAAAGAUGCCGGGCAUGGAUCAGCGUGAGCUCGAGUCGCGCGUAAAGGCGCUGACCAAGGUGGUGGCCGCCAACGAGCCUCCGGAGAAUGCGCUGAAGCUGCUGGAGACGCUGAAGAAGGAUGCAUCACCGACAGAAGAGAUGCUGCGGGCCACGCGCGCAGGUGUUUUCGUCGGCAAGUUGCGGUCAAAUCCCAACAAAGAGAUUGCUCGAGCCGCCUCCGAACUGGUGAUCAAGUGGAAGAAGCUCGUCGAGCAAGAGAAGAACUCCAAGCUGCAAAAGGCGAAAAUGGGCUCCCCAUCGGCUCCCGCAGCUGCAUCGCCGCCCAACCCAUCCAGCAACGCAUCCUCCGCCGGCGGCGCCAAGAAGGCGUUCAAGGGCGACCCCGAGAAGCGCAAGUUCGACACCGACGGCGUGAGCAUCAAGCGAACCGAGUCCAACGUCCGCAACCAGUGCAUUGGCCUCAUCUACAACGGCCUGGCCUACCGAUCGAUCGAGUCCGAGACCGAUGUCAUCGCCAGGGCUGUUGCCGUCGAGCAUGCCGCAUUCACGACCCUCAAGGGCGAGACCCCCGAGUACAAGAAGAAGAUCCGGUCGCUAUUCACAAAUCUCAAGAACAAGUCGAACCGAGACUUGGGCAAGCAAGUCAUGGCAGGAGAUAUCUCGCCCGAGAAGUUUGUCAACAUGACGGACGAGGAGCUCAAGAGCGAGGAUCAACGCAAGAUGGAGCUUGAGCUGGAGAAGGAGAACAUGAAGAAGGCCCAGGUGCCGAUGGCGGAGAAGAGCAUCAGUGACAGUCUGGAAUGCGGCAAGUGUAAGAAGAAGCGAGUCAGCUACACCCAGGCGCAGACACGAAGUGCCGAUGAACCGAUGACGACAUUUUGCGAGUGUAUGAACUGCGGUAAUCGUUGGAAGUUCUCGUAACGAGGCGACGAGAAAGAAGAUUUAUGAAUGAUAGCGCCGCGUCUGCUCCAAGGGGUUGGAAGACACUAACUCAAUGAGCUUUUUUUAUUCUUCUUUUCGACGGAGUGCUUGGGGUGGACUUUUCUUAGGAUGGGAGUUAUGGAAAAUUUUAAUCUUGCUUUUUCAGGAAUUGUUUUGAAGGUCUCAAAGAACUUCAGGCGCCAUGCUGUGUUUUUUACUUUCACUCUUCACCUUUUUCUUUUUUUCUUCUCCUUUUUUUUUCAAUCCCUCGUCGGGAUGUCGUUUUUUGGCGAUGCGUGCACAUCACAAACAUGAUGGUGCUGUGAAGCCAUGUACUCUAUUUUCUCUAUUCUUUAACUUAGAUCGCUAAUAGAUCUUUGAUCUUGUUCCGUUACAUCUUUUCCCCAUAUCAUACAUAUGUACUGCUGCUCGUAAAGGGCUAUU